GUCAUGAUUUCUUUGGAAGCUGAUUGGUGCGGUGUUUCGCGUAGCUUGUACCCUCAACAAAGAUGGUGGAUUCGCCUACGUAGGCGGCUAUGUGUGAAGUUCUCUGAGAAGCUGUGCAUGGGGGACGUUGGCAAGGCGGCGUGAGCGGCCCGGCAUGUCCGUUUUCCAUGAUGAAGUGGAGAUUGAGGACUUCGAGUACGAUGAGGAGAGCGAGACCUACAGUUACCCGUGUCCGUGUGGAGACCGCUUCCUCAUCACGCGGGAAGAUCUGGAGAAUGGUGAAGAUGUGGCCACCUGCCCUAGUUGUUCACUCAUAGUGAAAGUAAUCUAUGACAAGGAACAGUUUAUGUGUGGUGAAGAAGUCUCGGCACCUCCCACAAACAAGGAGUUGGUUAAGUGCUGAUGGUCAUCUGGUCAACUGUGCUAUCCAUGAAAGAUGGGGAAGCAGAAUCUAAGCAGAUGCACAAUUGUCUCUCAUCAGCUGCCUCUGUAGUAGGAGAGAAAGAACUGAUUUCAAAACAUUGGGUGCAUUUUGGUGCCUUUAGAGAUGAUUAAUAUAUUUAACUAAUUUUUUUGACAUGCAGUGGAGACAUGGAAAAAUUCAGAGUUGCUGAAAUUGUCCAAAAUAUUUAUUUUAAGCCUAGUGAAGAUUUGCAAACAAUCAACAGAUUGCAGACCCUGGAUCCUUCCUGUCGGUGUUCAGAAUGAGGUACUGAAGCGCAAGAAUGCUGGGUUCCAUGCUGCAUGAGUCAUCUUGCAAAUGAUGGUGACAUGGUCUGUGUCAUAUGCCCAAUUAGUAGGACUCAAGCUUGUACCAAUUUUGUUAUUGGUCUUUUGUUUUAUACAAAGUUUCUUCACAUCAAUUACAUAGUUGUAUUUGGACAAAUUUGUUGGCUAACUAACACUGCCAUCCAUCUUGGUGGGUAAGCAAAGGUAGUAAGUGCUUGGGUGUUUCCAAAUAGCAUGGAGCCUGAUCUUAAGCAUAGUUACAUGCACCUCAGUCAGUUGACUUCAGGUUUACAGCUGGCUUUGCAGUUUCAGGAUGCAAUUCUGCUAAAGCUUCUCAAGAAGAAUAUUUGUAGAGGUAUUAACCAUUUCCAUUAAUCACUUCAUUUGAGAGAGAAUUUGUAUGGAAGUGUACAACUUUUUGUUUUUUCUUGGACUACUUCCUGUAACCUUCCCCCAAACUUGUAAAAUUAUGAGAUGUUGUCUGAGUACAAUUUAAACAUUGUUCAGCAUUUCAGUUAAUUUUUUUUCUUUAAUUUGGAUUUUAAAGUAUGAACCAGCAUGAGCUGGUACAUCAUCUGUCUUCACUGCUGUAACCCAUUACUGGAGUUGGAGUAUUUAAAACCAGGCCAGGUGUUUAACUUCUGAUUGCAUAUGGCAGAGCCCUUUUUGUAAACCUUCAAGAUCAACGUUUUGACAAACAGCUUUUGUUACUUCAAUAUGUUACCGCGGUUGCUUUUGGUGACCUAUAGGUGGCACUAAAACACUGUUAAUAACAAAGUUUAAAGAACCUGGUUUAAAACGAUUAGAAAUGUUUAAUUUAUAUUUUAAAUAAAGCUUAAUAGGUUUUUUCAA